AUGUCAUCGAAUCGAAAGACCUUCAAGAACCACCUGAAAAGGUUCAACGGUAACAAUAACACAUCUUCGGAAUUGACCAGCUUGGUUGAAAUGUUCCCGGACUGGGAAUCUGAUGAAUUAAGUGGCUUGCUUGAAGAAAACAAUAAUGCUCUCGAGAUCGUAAUUGAUUUGAUUGUCAACAAUAAAGUUUCCAGGUGGGAACCAAGCAAGAAGGACAAACUCAAGAAAAAGGAGCCAAAGGAAGAAGCUGCCAAUAAUGUAAAUAAUACACAUACUACAACCCAUACUUCAUCGAGUGAUAAAAAGUUCUCGGGCAAGCCAAAACCAUCCACCAGACCUCCAAAGAAACAACAACAAUCGGCAACAAAGAAGCCAAUCAGGUCGGCAGACAAAGCACCCGCAAAAGACACACAAGCUUCUAAAACAGAGUCUACGACAGAACCAUCUGGUUCAUGGGCAGCGGCAUUGGGCACUGAUAAGCCAAAGGCACAGAAACAGCCAGAACAGACACCAAAGGAAACCGAGGAGAAACCCGAACCUAGCGCUGAAGUUCCCACAGAUGAUGCACCUCAAGAAGAUGUGGUAGAGGAACCCUCUCAAGAAAAGGCUCCUAUGGAGAAAUCCAAACCAGCGUUGAAGGAAGCAAGCAUUCCUGCAUUGAAUCAAGGCUCUUGGGCAUCAGCAAUCACUCCAAAGACCAAGCCAAAGCCAAAGCCAAAGCCAACCAAGAUUCAAAAACCGCCUGUGGAGAGCCAAGAGGUCCCUCAAGAAUCCGGACAACCUCAACCAACCAAGGAAGCCACCGAAGUUGAUAACCAACCACCAGCACCAGCAGUUACCGAAAGUGAGCCACUCCAACAAACCGAAACCUUUCAAGAGGCAAACGCAGCUGCUUCCUUACAACAACCAACUAUCCCACAAGCUCCACAAGUUGUUUUGCCUAGUUCACAACAAGUUGAUUCUGUUGGUAUCUCGUUUGGUUCUUUGUCGUUAGAAGCCGAGGACAACCAAGAAGCCCACACCCAACCAAAGGAGCAAGCUCAAGAACAAGCUCAAGAACAAGCUCAAUCAUCUCAACAACAAGACAUAGAACAAGGACUGCAACAGGCCGAGCAACCACAAGCACAACGUUACGGAUCCUAUGAUCAACAAUCCCAAAAUAGAUUGCAACAAAGCGCUGGAUACCAACAACAACAACCACCACAACAACAACAAGCACAGCCAGCUCAAUAUGGCAAACAAGCUCAACAACCUGCCCAAAACUUCCCAACACAACAAGCUCAAUACGAUUACUACAACCAAUUUCAACAGCAACAAUACCCACAACAGGCUGCUCAACCAGGCUCUCAAUUCGGUGGAUAUCCUGGAUUUGACUACAGUGCUUACAGUCAACAAGCCUUUGGUGGAAUUGCAUCACCAGCAGCUAGUCACAAUGUUACUGCUCCUGCUGCGGCAAGUGGAUACGCUCAAUACGCACAACAAGCUGUUAAUGGUGGUUCAAUCGACGCCACACAAAGCCCAGUUGCCGCUCAGUCUGGUUUGCAACAACAAUCAGCCGCUGGCUUGGCUCAACAACAACAGCAAAUCCCAACUCCAUUCGGCUACCCAUAUUACAAUUACUACUACAACAACCCAUACUUUAAUGCUGCAGGUGCAUUAGCCUCAAAUGGUUUGGGUUCCAUUGGCCAGCCAGCUCAAGCCAACCAGCAAAAUGCUCAACAGGCAAAUGUUCCUGGUAGUGCUCAAGGCUCGGUUUCUAGCAAUGGCUUCGGUCAACAACAAUACUACAAUCCUAACCAAUAUUCAAACAGGUACCCUGGCUAUUCUUAUCCACCUCAGCCACAGCAAUCUGCUCAACAGGGUCAAGGCCAUGGUCAAAGUCAAGCAGCUACUUCCGAGAGUGACAGCUCUCAACAAAACUCCCAACAAGCCCAAGGUCAAGCGCAACCACAACCAAAUGCUCAGCAACCUGUGAUGCCACAAUACGGAGGUUACCAGCAAUAUCCACAGUACGGCUACCAAGACUCAAAUCAAUACCGUGGUGGAUGGUAUUAA